UACAUAUACAUAUAUUCCUCUCAUUUUAACAAUUACUCUCAAAAUUCAAAAAAUCAAAAGUCAUGCUCACUAAAAUCUCAAGUUCAGGAUCUAAGAGCUGUUACUAUGGCGGUUUUCGCCACAAAACGAUACUCUCGUAAUUCGACAACGAUAAUCGAAAACCCUAAAAAGAUCGAUCGGCCGCCUCGUCUUUUGCUAACGUGCACCGCUAAAUACGGUAUUAGUUAUAGGGAUAUAUCCAUUUCAAGAACCAUUAAACCUAAGGCUUCUUCAUCUGGUUCUCCAGAACCUUCUUCAUCUUCAUGGAAAAAAUGGUUAAUGGGAAUAUUAUUUACUUUGAUCCUACCUGCAGCUGGUCACAAGGGAGGGCUUUUAUUAGGCCUAAAAGGGAAGAUUGAUCAAGCAAUAGAGACGGUGGAGCACGUGACGGAGGUGGUGGAGGAGAUGGCGGAGAAGGCGGAUCAAAUAAUGGAGGAGGUGGAGGCGAAACUUCCCGGCGAUUCGAAGCUUAAAGAAGCAUUGGAUUCUUUUGAGGAUUUAGCUAAAACGGCUGUCAAAGAAGCUAAGAAAGCUGAAGAUCUUGUUCACAAGGUGAAAGAGGUGGAAGCAGAGAUAGACAAUGCCCUUCUAAAUUGUGGUAAAGAUCAAGAACAAAAGUAGACAGCCAAACAAGGAAUGUUCUCUCCAACGAAGGUCUAUUUUUUCGUUCAAAAAUAAAUAUUUAUUGUUGUAACAAAAUAUUUAUUCCAACUAAAAGUAAUAUUUAUUAUUAUUCACUUUUGAACUCUCUGAAAAAGUAAAUUAUUUCCAAGGUUAGU